AUGCCCACACAAACAGCUGAACCAACAGCAACAGAAGAUCGAGCUCAAACAGCUCGAUCCUCACCCGCUCGAAAUCAAAGACAAGAAUCCGCGCGACCGCGAGCAACGACGUCUCGAACUCGCUUUUCUAGCGCACGUCAUAAUAAACUCUACCGUGGGCCGCCAACUCCACCACCCGAAGUUCUCUACGAUCGCGAACGAGGUUUUGUUCUCGAUUGUAAAGCUGUUUCGCAUAUAUCAAAUGAUUAUUCGACUGCAAAUCCUAAAUUAGGCUCAGUAAUUCCACCCUACAAUGGCCAACUCGAUCAUCAUACGGACAAUUAUUUUCGAUUUUUCGGAUUAAAAAAUACAUUACGAAAAACAGGACAACUGAAAGAACACGAAUCCAUUCCGGGACGAGUUCAUGAUCGAUUCUUUGCCAACGGGCAUGGCUUUCGGUAUUUGUCACUUCGGAAUAGUUUUGGUUCAGGACAUUCUAUCGAUGAAAUUCGUGGACACGAUCUAUUUCUCAGCGAUCCAAAUCCCAUAGUCAAUUACAAUGGACGAUUUGGUUAUCGUCGUAACACUCCAUCACUUCGUCAACAGCCAACAAUCGGCACGCGAACUGUCAGCGGCAAAGGCAUUGUUCCACAUGGACGUUGUUCGAUGGUAGGUUGUGGUCAACCUUAUGCCUAUCAUUGUAAAUGUAGCUUUGAUCGAGCAUGUCGAUGUCAUAAUCAAAAACAAGCUUGUCCAUGUAUUCACGUACAGAGUUAA